CGGUUUGUGUGUGUUGCGCUUUUUUCGCUCGCUCGCUGCGCAAGGUAUUUUGUCGUUGUAAAUUUUUGCAUAAAUAAAAAUUCAUUACGCACCCGCAACGAAAAAAAAAAAAAAACAAAACAAACAAUUUGUAACACCAACAGCAACAACAAUAACAACAAUCAACAAGCAGCAACAGCUCAGAGUCAAGUGCAAAGUGCGGUCGAGUCGAUUUCUCAGUUUCUGUGUGUGUGGGCGCGCGCGAGUGUCUUCUGUGUGGGUGUGUGUGAGCAAGCCUCAAUCUCGUAAUCGUAAUCAACUUAUAACGUGCAACAAGAGCAGCGCACAGCUGACAUUCAAUAUCGCAUUCGUCGCGCGUGAAUUUGAUUGAGGGAGCAGCAGCAGCAGCAACAUUUGCAAUGCAUCCACGCUAUAGCCCCGCGCCGCCGCCGCACCAUCAACAAAAGCAGCAACAACAGCAGCCGCAGCAGCAACAGCCAAUGGGCGGGCCCCACCACCAGCACCAGCACCAGCAGGUGGUAGGGGGCGGAAACGGACAUGGCGGCGGCGCACCUGUGCACAUGAGGGCGCCACCGAACUCACAGCAAUUGCCGCCGCAGAUGCCACGAUCACAGAAUUAUGCAAAUGGCUCGUCCAGUGCCGCUAGCGUCGCAGCCGCACCGCCAACGCCGCGCAGCGCUUUCCCCGGCGCACCGUUGACCGCCUCAGCCGUCGCACUCAAAGGCGCCAUACCACAGCGUCCACCGGCCAUGACCAGCCCAGCUGCUGCUGCUGCUGGCGCCGCUCUAGCAGCGGGCGCACCAUAUCGCGGUGCCACCAGCUGGACACCCCAGGGCUAUGCACCGGCUGCUGCCGCCGCCGCCGCUGCGGUCGCCCAGCAGGCCUAUCGCUAUACGGCCCCAUUGCCCCAGCCGGCAUAUGCGGCCUAUACGCCGCACACGGCCACCACACCGGCCACAACCACGUACGGCCAGCGUGUGCCAACUGCAGCCUCACCGAGCAACACGAACUCGAGCAGCUCAUCAAACACGGGCUCCCAGAGCGGCACACUGAGCACCAGUCUGAGCAACACGACAAACACAAACACCACAAUGGGUCCCAACGGCACGGCACAGAAUCAAAAUCAACAGGGCGGCGAGCAGUUGUCAAAGACAAACCUCUACAUACGCGGACUGCAGCAGGGCACAACCGAUAAGGAUCUGAUCAACAUGUGUGCACAAUACGGAACAAUAAUAUCAACCAAGGCUAUUUUAGAUAAAACAACAAACAAAUGUAAAGGUUACGGCUUCGUCGACUUCGAGCAGCCGGCCUACGCUGAGGGGGCCGUCAAGGGACUGCAGGCGAAGGGCGUGCAAGCUCAGAUGGCCAAACAACAGGAACAGGAUCCCACAAAUUUGUAUAUAGCAAAUUUGCCACCACACUUCAAAGAGACCGAUCUGGAGGCAAUGCUAGCGAAAUUUGGUCAAGUCGUUUCCACUAGAAUAUUGCGUGAUCAGCAGAUGAACUCAAAGGGUGUUGGCUUUGCACGCAUGGAGAGCCGCGAGAAGUGCGAACAAAUUAUACAGAUGUUCAACGGUAACACAAUACAGGGUGCCAAAGAUCCCCUAUUGGUGAAAUUCGCCGAUGGCGGUCCCAAAAAGAAGAAUCUCUUCAAGACGCCCGAUCCGAAUGCGCGCGCGUGGCGCGAUGUCUCCGCCGAGGGCAUACCCGUUGCCUAUGAUCCGACUAUGCAACAGAACGGCGUCAGCGUCAAUGUGGGCACACCGAUCGGUGUACCCUAUUCGCGCUUUGGGGCACCACAGGUGGGUGGCUAUCCGGUCGCUGGCUCGCAAUGGAUACCCGGCUAUAUGAUGACACAGCCGAUCACUCAGGUAGAUGAUCAGUAUUCCUCCUCUGCCCUGCAGUACAUGCAAAUGGCGGCCGCUCCCCAAUUGGGCGUCACCUCGUACAAACCGCAGGAGGUCAACCAGGUGCCCGCACGCGGCAUUUCGAUGAUGGUCAGUGGCGACACGGCUGUGCCAUAUGGAACAAUGAUGCCGCAGUUGGCCACCCUCCAGAUUGGAAACUCUUAUAUUAGUCCAACUUAUCCAUAUUAUGCACCACCACCAACUAUUUUACCAACAAUGCCAAUGACAGAUUCCGAACAGGCUAGCACAGCUGCAUCACCCGACGAGGCAUACACACAGUAUCCACAUCAAGCCGCUCCCAAAUAGGUCUUCGCGAGUAUAGUUACUAAGCAGCCUAAACACUGGUAAUACAUACUAGAUAUAAUAUUUUAGUACCCGAAUUGAGUACUAUGUCAUGGACGCAAUGGAGGGUUAGCGUUGGGAGCUUUAAGCGCUGGAAUAACAACAACAUCUACAACAUCAACAAGAACAACAGGAGAAGAGGAGUAAGAGAAUAACAGGAUGCCACGUCGGAAUCGAGGAAGCAGUUUGAUAACAGCCGAAAAUGCUGUUCCCUAAGAAAAACAAAACAUAAUGUUAAAAAAAAAACUAAAUAAAAGAUAGAGAAAGAUAAUUAAGGGAGUUAUGUAUAAAAGAUGAAUGUGAAGAGCAGUAAAUGCAGCAGCAGCAACAACAAAGGAAAGAAAAAUACAUACAUAGUUGAGUUAAGCAGGCGAGCGGAGAAGAGAGCGUAAAAAGUGAAGAAAAGCAAAGACUAAACUUAAAUAAUAGAAAUUAGUUAUACACUAAAUAGUAUGCUUAAACAACAGCAACAAGAAAACGGGCAAGUAGUAGUAGUAGAAAGGGGCCGCAAUUUUCAUUGGGGGAGAGAGAGAGAGAGCAGGAAGAAACUUACCAGAACGGGGGCAACAUUUUCUCGGAGAGAGAAAAUUAAAAAUAAAAUA